AUGGCUCGACUCAGCAAAAUCUCCGUUGUUGUCCCCCUUCCCUCCUUCGACAUCGACCCCCUCAAGACCUUCGACGAAGACUUCUUUGACCGUGCUGUUGACAACAUCUUGUCUGAGGAAGCUAGCAUUGAAGAAUCCCGGGACGAGAUGAUGGACGUCGAUAUUGGCAUCUCGAGUCCAUUUGGGUACGACGGUACGUCCGACUCCUCGAGGCUCAGCGUUCGUCGUAGCCAACGGACCGAAGCCAAGUCGCCGCACUUUUCUACUCCCUCGACCUCCGCCUCACCUACAACCAGCACGGCAAAGAGCCUGAAGUCAAGAAGAUCUUCUAGAAUAAGGAAGAGCGUGACAAUGGAUGAUCUCACCGGUGAUGAUGAACCGCCUAUGAGCCUCGAAAACAUCACACAACCUCAACACAAGAAGGAAGUCGUGGAAGUUGGACAUUACCCCAUUCACGAUGCGGGUGAUCCCCCUUCUGCACUACCUGAAAUGACGGGAGCUCCUGAAAUUCCAACUCAUGACAAUGAAAUAACAGCGGAAGAGAAGAUCUUUGCUUCGGUGGACCCAGAAAAGCAGAUGGAGGUGAUGAAGUUCAUUGUCUCACACUCUUUCAUGACUGAGCAGGUUCAACCUGUUCGACGUUCCGCUAGGCGCACAUUCACUGGCCAGGUGCGCGAGGUUGCUAUGCAGGCUGGGAUGAACGACCCAGCUAUCAAUGCUUUGAUUGAUCACGUUCGAAAUACAUUCCUUGAGGACCGCGAGAUUGCGGUAGCCAACUAUGCCGGCUCUGAAUUCGGAAAUGAAGUGGACGGCGAGGAAGAAACGUACCGAAAACGGCGUAAGAGCAGCACGGAUCACAGCGAAGACAAACAGCACAAGAAGAGCAAGAGGCGUCACUCAGACAAGCUAAGACGGCACAGCCACGAUACUCUGCAGCAUGAUGAGCUAGCCGAGGUGAUGGAAGUACUGGAAGCGCAUGUUCCAGCAGAUGUUUCUACUGAAGGCCAGGAUAAUCACUAUGCUCAGCUGGAUGAACACAAACAUAAGGACAACACGCCAGAUCUACCUCAACUGUCCACGAACAUCAUUCAAGGUAGCCCCAGUACAUUCAUCGAUCUGACCGACUCCCCGCCCCAUGAUGAGGUCAUUCCUGAGAGCCCAGAGCCUGAAAAGGUGGUCGAUACUAAGCCAUUUAAACGUCGUGAGUCAGGCAAAAAGUCAAAAACAGAAAGAAACAGGCGCAAGCGCGAACGGAAAAGAGUGCGGAGCAAACAUCGAACGAGCUCGGUUGAGCAGCAGCAGCGUCAAGACGAUGCCGUUCAUAGUGCAGAGAAACAAGCUCACGGCGACUCUAUUGAUGGAAAAGACCGAAUUCCGCCUUCCAUUCCCCGGAAAACCUCUUUCGAGGGCUCCAGUGGAAGCAGACGAAGUUCUGGUGUGACUCCAAGUGAUGAGGUUCAGUCCAAGUAUUUCUUAGGGGCCGGCAAACCUAAAGUUAGCUGGAAAAGCAAGCGGGAAACACCUUCCUCGCUGAUUGAGUUACAGCUGUUGAAAGAUUUUAAUCUGCCACCGGACUUCUUGUCAUCAGAUUCUUCCUUGAGUGAUGUGCCCAGUGAUUUUGCUUCCGAUUCCCUUUGGAAUGAUCUGGGUGAUCCCCCGUCGAAUAUUCAUAUCACGAUUUCACCUCCGAGAAGCCCCUGUCUUGUGUCCCAAUCCAUAAACCCCGAACCUGAAACUCCUGUGAAAGGCACCUCUUUCGUUAACCCAGAACACAUUAAAACCCCUCAAGCCAAAGCCCCGAAGCAUUCUCCUUAUUUCCCACGUGUGCUAGUUGAUCCUGAGUCUUGCCUCCCGUUUCCCCCUAUCGAUGCCCCUUCUUUCGGACUCAUCCAGGAACAACUUGCACACGAUCCCUUUCGUUUACUCAUUGCAACUAUUUUUCUCAAUCGAACCCGCGGUGGCGUUGCUCUGCCGGUCUUGUUCAAGGUUUUCGAACGAUAUCCUACAAUUGAGGGGAUGGCAGAAGCAGAUCUAUCGGAACUCGUAUCGAUGAUCAACUGCUUGGGCUUUCAAAACCAACGCGCCAGGAAAUGCACAACAUUAGCACAAACAUGGCUAUCAGAUCCACCGAACAAAAGUAAAAGAUAUCGCAAGCUCCACUACCCACGAAACCUGGACGGUCGAAAUGUCGGCCGUGAAGAAUGCAUUGAUGAAGAAGAUUUGCGAGUCGCAUGGGAGAUUGCGCAUCUGCCCGGAGUUGGAGCAUAUUCCCUUGAUAGCUGGAGGAUCUUUUGUUGCGAUGAAUUGCGGGGGAAAGCCUCUGACUGGAAAGGGACAGAUGCGACAGAGGUCGGGUUCGUGCCUGAAUGGAAGUGCGUUCUGCCACAUGACAAGGAACUACGAGCCUAUCUUACAUGGAUGUGGCUAAAGGAAGGAUGGAUUUGGGAUUACAACACGGGUGAUUUGACACUUGCGAGUGACAAGACGAUGAGAGCUGCGCAGAGUGGAGGGGUUGCCCGUGAAGAAGAGGGGAGUUGGGUACUAGAGACAUCCCCUGUUAAGGCAGUGAAUGGAUUGCAUGGAUCGGAUUGA